AUGGAUUUCUUAGUCGGCGUCAGACUGCUGCUGUUUUCUUCUGUGCUCUUUAACGGUCUGAUACUCACGUUACAAACGAAAGAAGAGGUCCUUCUGGAUAUGAAGUCGACCGGAGCCGAGCUGGGCUGGCUGACCUGGCCCUCAGAUCAGCUCGACAAGAGUGGGUGGGAAGUCGUUCAGAAGACCCUGAAUGGCUCGCUGUUCUAUACAUAUUCUGUCUGCAAUGUUGGUGAACGGGAACAAGACAACUGGCUGCGCACCACCUUUAUCCAGCGCCAUCCAGCAGCCUCACGGGUGUUCGUGGAACUCCAGUUUAUCAUACGCGACUGCAACUCUUUCAAUGGUGCCUCACUGGUCUGCAAGGAAACAAUUAGCCUCUUCACCUCGGAAUCAGAUGCAGAUGUGGGCACUACCUUUCGCAAGGGCCAGUUUAAGAAAGUGGCUACGAUAGCUCCUGAUGAGAUCACCACCUUAACAGAGUUCAAGAUCAACACUGAGACACAGAUGGUGGACAGCUUGUCAAAAAAAGGUUUCUACUUGGCUUUUCAGGACAUCGGCGCUUGCGUCGCUCUUCUUUCAGUCAGGGUCUACUACAAAAUUUGCCCAGCUACGGUGGAGAGUCUGGCAACUUUCCCUGAAACUGUGGCUGGAGGUGAGAACCAGGCGCUGAGGGAAGUGAGUGGGAUGUGCGUGGAGAAUGCUGUCAGCGAAGAACUGCCUCGCAUCUACUGUACUGCAGAUGGAGAGUGGGUGGUACCAGUUGUACAGUGCCAGUGCAAACCAGGAUAUGAAAAAGUCAAAGACACCUGCCAAGAAUGUCAGCCUGCGUUCUUCAAAGCCACAGCGUCCAGUGACACGUGUGAGCCGUGUCCUGCCAACAGCCAGAGGCUGGGCUCUGGGGCGUCAGUUUGUCCUUGCAUGGAUGGCUUCUAUCGAGCUCCAGAUGAUCCCCCUACUGGACCCUGCUCAGGCCUCCCGUCUGCCCCUAAAAACCUCGUGGCCACCACCACCCAACUGUCCACUGGGAAACUCCUCCUCUCCUGGAGCCCACCUGAAGACACCGGCGGGCGCAAUGACAUCACCUACAGUGUAGAAUGCUCGCAAUGUGAGGACACUGUAUGCCAGGUGUGUGGAGAGAAAGUCCGCUAUGACCCGGCCAGCGCCGGCCUGACUGACACUAAGGUGUCGGUAAGUGAGCUGGAUGCUCACCUCAACUACACGUUCACCGUAGAAGCUCACAGCGGUGUGUCUCAGUUUGCUCAUUGGGAUGCAAACAGACUGCCUUCCACCAGCGUGCUGACUACAUCGCUGCACUACACAGACCCACCCAAGAUUACAACUAUGCGCCUGGUGGAGAGGACACCCACCAGUUUGUCCCUGUCCUGGGCCAUUUCACCCCGGCCACGGAUCCAACCCCGCCCCAUCCGCUAUGAACUUAAGUAUUGCAAGAAGGAUGAUAACUUGGAUGUGACCACUUACACUGUGCUGAUCCUCGAAAAGAACUCAGUGCAGAUCAGCGACCUGACCCCGGCCACUGCCUACCUGUUCAAGGUGCAAGCCCUCAGCAAUGACGGCAACACUGGAGGGUUGAGUCUGGAAGAACAGUUUGAGACCUCAUCUGAAGCUCAGAAUAACAUACCAAUCAUCUUCGGUGCUGCAGUUGGAGGAGCGGCCAUGUUGGUCAUUGUGAUCGCGGUCCUCUUCCUACACAAACGAAAGGGAAAUUCUCACACAAGGCAAGGACCAGAGGACACCUACUUCUCCAGCUCAGAGCAACUGAAGCCUUUGAAGACAUACGUGGAUCCACAUACAUAUGAGGAUCCCAAUAUAGCCGUCCUGAAGUUUGCCACUGAGAUCCACCCCAGCCACAUAACCAAACAGAAAGUCAUUGGAGCUGGAGAGUUUGGUGAAGUUUACCGGGGUAUUCUGAAGGCACCAGGUAGGAAAGAGACUGCAGUGGCUAUUAAGACCCUGAAACCAGGCUACACAGAGAAACAGAGGCAGGACUUUUUGAGUGAAGCCUCCAUCAUGGGCCAGUUCUCCCACCAGAACAUAAUUCGUCUGGAGGGGGUGGUCACCAAAUUUAAACACGCCAUGAUUGUGACUGAGUAUAUGGAAAACGGAGCGCUGGACAGGUACCUCAGGGACCAUGAUGGCGAGUUUUCCUCCUUUCAGCUGUUGGGAAUGUUGCGUGGCAUUGCAGCAGGCAUGAAAUACCUUUCUGACAUGAGCUACGUUCACCGUGACCUGGCCGCCCGCAACAUUCUUGUCAACAACAACCUGGAGUGUAAAGUGUCUGACUUUGGCCUGUCUCGAGUGCUGGAGGAUGAUCCUGAAGGAACAUACACCACCAGUGGAGGUAAGAUCCCCAUUCGUUGGACUGCUCCAGAGGCGAUCGCUUAUAGAAAGUUUACCUCAGCAAGUGAUGUGUGGAGUUUUGGAAUUGUCAUGUGGGAGGUCAUGGCCUUUGGUGAAAGACCAUACUGGGACAUGAGCAACCAUGAGGUGAUGAAGGCUAUCAAUGAAGCUUUCCGCCUGCCGGCGCCAAUGGACUGUCCUUCAGCAGUUUACCAGCUGAUGCUGCAGUGCUGGCUCCAGGAUCGUUCCAAGAGGCCGCGCUUUGGCGACAUUGUCAGUUUGCUAGACAAGCUGCUGCGAAGCCCAGACUCCCUGAAGACCAUCGCAGACUUUGACCCACGCGUAUCCAUCCGCCUCCCCAGCACUAGUGGAUCUGACGGGUCCCCCUUCAGGUCGGUAUCUGAAUGGCUUGAAUCCAUCAAGAUGAGCCAGUACAGCGAGAACUUCACCUGCGCCGGAAUCGUUACCAUGGAUCAAGUCCUGCAAAUGAAGAAUGAGGAUAUCAAGAACAUCGGGGUGAGGCUGCCCGGACAUUUGAAAAGAAUCGCCUACAGCAUCUUGGGCUUAAAGGACCAGACGAGCACUCUGAGCGUGUUUGCAGUGUGAUCCUGACAACGAAGGGAAUUUAAACGGGUUGCUGAAGCAGACAGCCCUUUGAACUCUGAGCUGAGCUGGAGCAAAAAAGGCAGGGACGGCUUUGGAUUGGCAGAACCAGGCGGAUUGUCGCUUUCCACAGAGCCGACUGAAUCAGACUGACUGACUGUACAUUUUGAGAUUCAUAGCAAGUUUCUUCAUCUACUCCACAUGGGGAUGGAACACAUUUUCAGCAACAGACAUAUGACAUAGACUCUGUAUAUUUAGUCGUCUCUUUUUGCUAUCACUCAUGCAUUUAUUUACAUUUCUUCAUAUCACAUUCCUGCUUCUUAAAACUCGACAAUCAAGCUGUUUGUGGGAAUGCUUCCUGUGACGCCCUGAGCUUUGUUGCAUUGACUAUCAGAUAAAUAAUCAGAGUAAGUGUGAUUGUAGGGCAGCAGUGGACUUGGCUGAGUUGGUGGUUGGAGCGGAUCUCACGAUAUCUCCCUUUAAUUGGCACUUUGGUCUGUUUCUUACUUGGACCAAUGAGAAAGGAGCGUCAACAAAGCUGACGUGAGCUUGAGCUGGCCAAAAGUUAAAGAGACGUCGUUGCUCAGGAGUAUAAACACAGACAGAAGUCGUUUUGUUACCGGCUGCUGUCCAGAAAUUAAGCUAGAUUCAUAUAAGAGAUGUUAUAUGAACAGAAAGGAUAUGCUCAUGGUACUUUUUCAGAUUUAGCAGACACUUUUUUGUUCAUGUUUGGCAAACUGUCUAAAGCAUUGAGCAUAAGGUGUAGUGUAGCACUUGAAUGAAGUGGUGUUGAUUUAACUCUGAACUACAAGAAAACAUGACAAGUGUUGGAACUCAGUGGACGCCAUCGACCUGAAGUUGUGUUCACAUUACAGAAGAAAAACUCUUUACUCUAGUGCUCUGGGCACAUAUUUAAUAGUCCAGAGAAGUCGGUGGUACUUUGCUAAAUUUCAUGUUUUGUUUCUUGAGACACACAGCUACACUUUAGCGAUAGUGAGGCUACAUUAGCGGUGCUUACUUCAAGCUUUUGGAUCGGAAUGUUUCUAAGCCUGAAAGUCGCUUUUUGGGGAUCUUUGUUGAAUUUUGUUGAAUAGAGCAGCGCGGUCUCAUUUCAACCCUGUGUGAUAUCGCGGGAUUUGACCACUUAUGGGGACAGCUGCUCCUGUUGCGCAAUAUAUACACAGCAUCACUUCACACGGGAAAAUGGUGUACUGUUUUGUUUUUGGCAACAAUCACCGAAGCAGUCGCGAAAAGUGCAGUUAUUUUCGGUUCCCAGUGGAGAAGGAAAGACGAAGUAAACGUGAGAGGUCGUGUGGGUAAGUGUUAGCCUACACAGCUAACCAGAGUAGCUUUGUUCUCUCGCCUGCACAACCGCCUCGACACGUUUGUGCGCCGGGUCAUAAACAAACCACUUUCCACCUCAUUGUUACUUUUUCUUUA